CCACCCCGGCGCACGCAUACGGGGGAAGGCAAGGCGCGCGCUCUAGCCUACUCCCCGCCAUCAGUCGCGUUCACUCUCCGCUCGGGCUUCUUCGCGCUCCUGCCGCCGGCCCGCACCGCCGCGCCGAUCUGCGACGCUCCAGGAAGUUAUAAAAAAUGGGGAAUGAUGAAGCUGUAGUUACUCAGAAGAUGGGGAAAGCACCAUCGCCCCCUAAGGAUCAUCCAGCCCUUGGUCCAUACCUUGAUUGGUCUAAUAUGCAGGCAUAUUAUGGCCCAGGGAUCUUGCCACCAACAUUUGUUGGCCCUGGAAUAGUCCCUGGUCAUACCACACCAUUUAUCUGGGGUCCUCAGCCUCUGGUGCCAUCCGCUUUUGGGAAGCCAUAUGCGACAAUAUAUCCACCUGGUGGAGGUUUUUCACACCCGUUCAUGCCCCUUAUGGUGAACCCAUUGAGCAUGGAGCCAGCAAAAUCCGUGAACAGCAAGGAGAACUGUUCAAAUAAGAAACUGAAGGAAAUUGAUGGUGCUGCUAUCUCGACUGGCAGUGGCAACAGUGAAAAAACGAGUGGAGAUUACAGCUUAGAAGGAUCCAGUGAUGGAAACAACCAGAAGGCAAGUGGAACUCCCAAGAAAAGGAGCAUAGAUGAUAGGCCUAAAUCAGAUGACAAGAAGGCCAUACAUGUUUCUCCAGGCGUGGAAACUGGUGGAGCUUUGACACCUAAUGAUAGACCUAGCGAAAGGGCAGCUUUGCCAAAUCUGUGUAUUCCGGUUACAGCAAUCAAACCAGACGUGAGCGCUGCUAGUGAUUUCAGAGUUAUUGCCACCCCAGUAACUGAAGUGCCAACUAAGGAUGAUAAGGAAUCAAAGCGGGAGAGAAGGAAGCAAUCAAAUAGGGAGUCUGCUCGGAGGUCAAGACUGAGGAAGCAGGCCGAGACUGACGAACUGGCUAGGAAAGUGGAGUUAUUGACUGUGGAGAACAGAUCGCUUAGACGUGAAAUAAGCAGGCUAGCGGAAAGCUCCAAGAAACUUAGAUUAGAGAAUUCUGCUCUAAUGGAGAAACUGACGGAAACCGGGCCAGAUGAAGCACAAGAAGUGCCUCCAGUCAAAAACAAAAAGGCACGGUCAGCUCGAGGAGUCGAAAACUUCCUGUCAAUGAAAGAUAACACUAACACAUCAAGAAGUAGUGGGCACAUGGAGCAGGCCACGCCCAAACUUCGUCAAAUGGAGCAGGCCACGCCCAAACUUCGUCAACUCCUGGGCACUCGUCUGGCGACUGAUGCUGUAGCCGCAAGAUAAUCCCAAGUUUCUUAACCCUGCGCUUCGUUCGUGCUCCGACGCACGCAUGCCACCAUUUGGCCCGGUGAAUUUUAUAUGCUCAACCUGCACGCAAGAUUAACGUCGAAGUAGUAGGUGCGAUUUUGUUACUUGUACUUGUAAAUUAGCUGCCUUUUUAGACGGGGCAGUCCAACCGCUCCGCCGGGAUGUGUGGAUGCCCUCUCGGCCGUUGUUUUUCAGCGAGUUUUUCCUCUUACCUACUAGUAGUAGAUCGGUAACAUCAGUUCUGAGUGCUGCCUGCUGACUCCGUGUUAUAUCAAACUGAUCUCUGUAAAUACUGUAACUGACAGAAAGCGU